GGAGUCCUGAGGCAGAAGGGCGGGCUGAAAUGACUGUCAUGUAGUGUAGAAUGGACACUUUUAGUCCUGUAUGUUGACUUUAAAGGUCAAUUCUGGGUGAAACAGCACUCCAUGACUGUCAUAUGAGGUCGGGUAAGAUAGGCUGGUCUUUAUUAGAUACUGACGUGGCUGAGGGAUAAUCUGUAAUAUGUCUUUACACCAACUGCGUUUUAAAAAUGUCCUAAAUUGACGUGUGGGGAAUAUGAGUGAACCCGGUCCGGCCGCAGCGGGCUGCUUCUGUACAGCGACACUCCAAAUGAGCGACUUUUACUUUGUUCAUGGGCCACUAAACGGACUGGAAACCUGUGGAUUACUUUCCGAAGUGUAGCCGAAGCCUGUGGGGCAAAAACUUUUCCUGCUAGUUGAAGUGAGCGCUGGUGAUUCACAGUCAGUAAACAGUUUUCUGAUGUGCGACUGUCGGGAUAAAACUUCAACUCCGUUGCUAGGUUACAUCAGACUUUAGGUUAGCUGUCGUUAGCUCCUGUGACAGAGAGAACAUGUCGGCUGUGUCGGCGACAGAGAAAGUGGACGGGUUCACUCGGAGAUCCGUAAAGAAGGCGCAGAAGCAGCGGAAAUCCCCCAGCUCAUCCCGCUUUCGGAGCCACGGUUGCUCCGGAGAGCUGUCCGCCCUGCCGCAGCUCAGAGCCAACAUCCACGAUGCUCCAUCUCCAGAGCAGCAGGAGCUGUUUGUGCAGAAACUCCAGCAGUGUUGCAUGCUCUUUGACUUCUUCGACUCGGUCAGUGAUCUGAAGAGUAAAGAGGUGAAGAGGGCCACUCUCAACGAACUGGUAGAAUACGUGUCGACCAGCAGGGGCAUACUGGCAGACUCCACCUACCCUGACAUCAUUAACAUGGUCAGCACCAACUUAUUCAGAACUCUGCCUCCGAGUGAAAACCCUGAUUUCGACCCUGAAGAAGACGAGCCCACACUGGAGGCCUCGUGGCCACACAUGCAGCUAGUGUACGAGUUUUUCCUGCGGUUCUUAGAAAACCCGGAUUUCCAGGCCAGCACAGCCAAACGCUACAUCGACCAGAAGUUUGUGCUGCAGCUGUUGGAGCUGUUUGACACUGAAGACCCCCGGGAGCGAGAUUUCCUGAAAACCAUCCUGCACCGCGUCUAUGGAAAAUUCUUGGGUCUUCGCGCGUUCAUCCGCAAACAAAUCAACAACAUUUUCUUACGGUUCAUCUACGAGACGGAACAUUUCAACGGAGUAGCUGAACUUCUGGAGAUCCUGGGCAGCAUCAUCAAUGGGUUUGCGUUGCCGCUCAAGGCCGAACACAAGCAGUUCCUGAUGAAGGUGCUCGUUCCGAUGCACACUGCCAAAACCCUAGCACUCUUCCAUGCACAGUUGGCGUACUGUGUGGUUCAGUUUCUGGAGAAGGACGCCACACUCACAGAGCCGGUGAUCCGGGGUCUUCUGAAAUUCUGGCCCAAGACCUGCAGCCAGAAGGAGGUCAUGUUCCUGGGCGAAAUCGAGGAGAUUCUGGACGUCAUUGAGCCGACACAGUUUAAGAAGGUCCAGGAGCUACUGUUCAAACAGAUCUCCAAGUGUGUCGCUAGUCCUCAUUUUCAGGUAGCAGAACGGUCGCUGUACUUCUGGAACAACGAGUACAUUUUGAGUCUGAUUGAAGAGAACAUAGACAAGAUCCUGCCCAUCAUGUUCAACAGCCUGUACCGCGUCUCUAAAGAGCACUGGAACCAGACAAUCGUAGCACUGGUGUACAACGUGUUGAAAACUCUGAUGGAGAUGAACAGCAUACUGUUUGAUGAGCUCACCGCCUCGUACAAAGCUGACAGACAACGAGAGAAGAAGAAGGAGCAGGAGAGGGAGGAGCUGUGGAAGAGGCUGGACGAGCUGAGGAUCUCCAAGAGCCAGAACAACAACCACGGCAUUCUGAACUCCAACAACAACCAAUCAGAGGAGCGGAACAGCUCCGUCAUCAGCGCGACAGACACCGUUAACAUGCACACACACAACACUGACCACUGGGCCAAAUGACACCGGACCAGCUGUGGGAUCGAACCCAGGAGCACUCCGUCGCCGAGACGAGGGCGCUGCAAGUGAAAACGCGCUCGAUAGAUCGACAUAGACCAACAUUAUCUCUGAAAAUGAAAUAUUUUAGUUAUGUAAGUCUAUUUUUUGGAUGUUAAGUGCAGUCAGGUUAUUUCGUAUAUUAAAACUUCACUCACACAUAGACUUGUGCCGUCGUACACUAUUAUCGUGGACGUUACUGCGCGCCGUUCUGGAGGAGGCAGAUGUGAGCAGUGUUCAUGUUCUCGGAUAAAUCCUGUUUCAUUCAGGAUUACUCCGCAUUCGGAUGGCUGUUUUCUCGAGUCUCAUCAUCCGUCCACCUUUUCUGCUCAGCGAAAUAAGAUUUUAGAGAAGGGAAUUAUGAAAACGCAGUAUUGGGAAACGCCCGAGUCAGAGUUUGACCCGUACAAGAGCAAGUUCUUAAAGCUAGACGGCCUUUCAGAUUUUUCGAUUGUAGGUCAUAAAAAGAAUUUCCCCCGACACGUAAUUAUUUUUGUUUAGUGGACUGAAAGCGACUGAAUCUGAAUCACAGACUUCCAAUUUUAUUCGUUUUUAAAAAUAGAACAGUUAAUGAAUUUAUCUCCACGUGGCCCUAAAUUCUCCGCUAUUUUUUCCUGCUUCACUUCACCCUGACUCAAUUCAAGAUACUACUGUACAUCAUGCAUGACGUGGCGAGCUUUCCCUGUUCACGCAAGGCAUUGUGGGAUACAAAUUUGAAACAGGAGAGAAAAACGGAGGACGUGAGUGUGCGAAUGAAACGUGAAAGACCGACUACAGUAACGGAAAGAAAGCGAGAAGAAAAGACGUUAUGUUAUAUAUGAAGGAAAGGAAACGCAGGAUCAAACUAAUAAAUAUCGGCGCUCAGCGAGCACCUCGGUGUGAUCAGCUGUUCGUUUAGCGACAGAAUGAUGGAACUGUCAGUGCACGCUCAAAGGUAAACCUGUAGAUGGCAGUAAUGUGACACUGUGGAUGCCAGCUGCCGUAAAACCCAAAAGAAGAAGAAGAAGGUAAACCUGCGCAUGCGCACACGGACUUCCUCUGUCUGCUUGACUGCACGAAGCGAGCGAUUUCAUGCACAUUAUUUGCUUUAAUCCGCUCAAAUUAAAUAACUUCCCAGCCACAGAAUGGCCGGAUAUUUUGUGAGAUAUUACAGAAAUAAACAUAUAUCACAAUGACCACAUUUCAGAGGGAACUAAAUUUCACCGAUUUUAUGAAAUCGAAAGGCCGUCUAGCUUUAAUGUCGCACUGGAUUUCUGAGGAGUGUGCAUGCUGCGAUGUACACCUGGGCCUGAAAGAGAGUAAAUGAAUCAGUGGUAUAAUGAGAGCUCGAAAUGAAUGAAAUGUCCGUAUGAGCGAUGUGGGAUAUUUAUAAUUCUACAGUGAAUUUAAAAACUCCGGUUCGGAUACGUUUUUGACCAGGGAGAGCGCAUUAAUGAUGUUGAUUCUGAUUGAUGUUUAUUGUAACUUGAUCUUUACAAGGUGUUUUUUUGAACCAGAACCAUCCAUUUUAAAGGAACAGGUUGUAAUUUUUAGAGUUCUCUCCAAAUUGCAAAGAAACCUCAAUAAAAUAAAGCCUUCUCCAUCUUCCCCGUU